ACAACCUCCUCCUCCUCCAACCUCCAUCACCUCUCCUGUUGUCACGCCAUCCACCACGUUUUUGCGGUCCGGAGCUGCUAUUCUGCUCUGUGAUACUUCUUCCAAGCUACUCGUCCAUUGAUUUUGACUCAAAUUCACCAUGAGCAAUCCUUUCAGUAUCAAUGGCGGUGCCUGCGUGGCCAUGGUGGGCAAGGACUGCGUCGCCAUUGCCUGCGAUCUUCGUCUCGGUAUGCAGUCGUUGACUGUGUCGAACAACUUCCCCAAGAUCUUCAACUACGCCCCCUCGACCUUCCUCGGAUUGACCGGCCUGGCCACCGAUGUCAACACUGUCUCAGAUCUGUUUCGCUACAAGGUUAACAUGUACCGACUUCGGGAGGAACGCAACAUUGCACCACAGACGUUUGCCAACCUAGUCAGUUCGUCGUUGUAUGAGAGACGGUUCGGUCCUUUCUUUGUCAGUCCUGUGGUGGCCGGAAUCAAUGAGACAACAAAUCAGCCAUUUAUUUGCGGGUUCGACAGUAUCGGCUGUAUUGAUUUCGCCAAGGACUUUAUUGUCAGUGGAACAGCCAGUGAUCAAUUGUUUGGUACCUGUGAAGGUCUAUGGGAACCAGGAUUGAGCCCCGAUGACCUAUUCGAAACGAUUUCCCAAGCCCUCCUCAGUGCUGUUGACAGAGACGCCCUUUCGGGCUGGGGUGCUCAGGUGUACAUCAUAGAGAAGGACAAGGUGACCAAGCGUCUCCUUAAGGGACGACAGGACUAGAUGCAUAUUGUGUUCGGGGUUUCAUUUCCUUUAACGACGUUCUGUGUUCAUUUAAUCUCAUAUUACACAAUUCACGCAGCUAAUGGCGUAUGGUUUGGAUGUUCCAUUGUCCAUCAACUUUUCUUUGAUACGAUGUUGUCUAUCAGGCAUUCUCCAGUCUAUAUAAUUUGUCUUAUGGGAUUUUAGCGAUCCUCGGCAGCCGUUGAUACAUAGCAUCCCAAAAAUCACCGC